CCAGCACUAUUGUCAAAAACAUUUGACCGCAGCAUAGUACUCAGGUGACAGCUUGGUAGAGGAAACAGAGUUACUCAGACCCAGUCCCAGACCGUAAUGGUUAGUGUUGGGACGAGCUGAAUGAACGUGGUCUGAGCUACAGGACCAGAGGAGAAAAUAAGGCCCUUGAGGAGUAACAAGGCUGCGGAGACCAUCACACAGUUGAGUGACACAGCCCUGCUAUGGGUGCUAAACAAGAGAAAAUGUACUGCACCAGGUACUUGGAUGGUCAGGGACCCCCAGCACUGAUAGACCAAGCUAAUGGGGAUGUGAAGGGGAGCUAUGCUGAGGUGUCAGAGGGCAGCCAGCCAGAGGGACAGAUGACAUGGGUCAUUCUACACAGAGACCUCCCUGGUUACCCAGGGGACAACACCAUACAGAUCAAUUAUGUUUUUGUAGAUGGAAUACAAACAGACAAGCAUCCCAAUCCAGGGCAGACGUUUUUGGGAAUGAGGACAUUGGCGUAUUUGCCCGACAACCGCGAUGGAAGGAGGAUCCUGGGGCUAUUGGAUAAGGCCUUCUAUCAGAGGCUGGUCUUUACUGUAGCAACCAAUGAGAAUGGAGAGGAUAUGGUCACAUGGGCGGAUAUACCCCAUAAAACAACCCCUGACGCAGGAAAAGACAGUCACAGCUAUCCAGACCCGGACUACCUGAAAACAGCGAAGAAAAUACUGAAAGACAAAGGCAUCGAAUGAGAGGUGACUAAGAUCCAAUCAACAUCAGUUAUCAACACUGUCAACGUCAACAGUAAUGUCUGAAAGGUGCUGAAUGCUCUGUCGUAGCCUACAGGUCCCGGUGUACAAUUAUUUUAGACCUCUACAGCAGGAUUACGUACAAGUUUAUUAGCUGCUGUAAUGUAUCGUGUCGGUUUUGUUUCUUGAAAGCUUUGAUAACAUAUUAAUAUUUUAGACUACAGGGUAUGUGCAGAAUGUACAAUAAAUAGCUGUUUGCUGUUCA